CGCGCGUAAGGCGAGGGCUGUGGCUGCUCCUGGCCAGUCUCCGCCCCGCGGUGGGAGGCUUUAAAUGGAGCAGCCCGGGAAGCUACAGGCGGCCAGCCCGGAGCACGACCCGCUGCCGCUCUCCCCAGGCACCUGCGCUUCCCCCGGCCCGAGGCGAAGCAUCCGCAGCGUCCCCCGGAGCCCGGCGGGGAGCCAUGGGCGCGCUGCCCGCCAGCCGGCUCCUGGGCUGCCUGCUGCUCUUCUCCUUCUUCUCGGCAGCCCCCGCGGGCCGGGCGGACUUCGCCGAGCCGCGGGGCAGAACGGCCAGGAUCAAAGUCAACCCCCGCGGCAGCCUCUGGGCCACAGGUCACUUCAUGGGGAAGAAGAGCAUUGCGGCCUCCCCGCUUCUGGAGUCUCCGGAAGAUGCUGCAGCAAACUCCAUCCCAAUGGCCUUCAGCCCGACUCUCCGAGCUGUCUUGCAGGACAUGAAAGAGCUGCUUACCAGAGAGCUCCUGAAAAUCCUCUUGCAAGAGAGACUAAUAGAUGAGAACCAAGGAAAAUCUGAGCUUCAAAACCAGCCCCUGCUCGCACUGACACACGUUCUGCUGGAGCUGUCGCGCACAGGAACCAUCUCUGGCCUUGUCUGUACUAGAGAAUUGAACCAGCGGUGAAUGAGCUGAUGGAGGGCUUUGGUGUCAACACACACCAGGAGAUGGGAUUGGUAAUGAAGGUGCUGGAGAAAUACCUUUCAAACUGAAGAAGGGACGAAGGGACCGUGUACAUAGACGACUGAGUCCAGCAUCAGGAAGGCCUGGCUGGUUUGUAGUCAACACCAGGGAAUGUUUGAAUUAUGGUUCUGUGGAGCUACAUCACUCUUAUGAUUUAGUAUUACUGUAAUAUUGUGAAUAUUGACCAUCUGUAUGAAGAAAGCCCCAAAGCCCUGACUGUAUAUUUCCCUUGCAUUUUCUGCAUUACUGCUGAGGUCAAAGAGCCCUUGUGAA